CACGGGCACGGCGCUUCCCAUGCACCGGAUCAGGUGCGUGGGUUCGGGGCUACCUAAGUCAAAGCACCCCCCUUUCCCCUUAAUGAUACCCGAGAAAGUAAAAAUUGGGCGAAACAGUGAUUCAGAACGGUUCGCGACGGCAUGAGCCCCUUUCCACUCCAAGGAAACCUCCCCCAUGGAGUUGGAGUUGGGAUGGCUCCCUGCUGUUGUUGCAUGAUCAAGGCCGGUUUGGCAGAGCGACAGAUUGGUCGCUCCCCUCGUUUGGCCACGUCACGGGUUAAGUAUGUAUGUGUGGAUCGAUGGGAUCCGGUCGUCAAAUCACACAUACGGUUGUGAUGUACUGUACUUCAAGCUCAGCACAGACAAGAGCGACGGUCAGGCCGCCGAUUUCCAGGUACAGUACCUCGUACAUGCCACUUUUGUUCGGCUCUUGCUGCUGGUUCAUCCUCCCAAGCCAAGCCACCAAGCCACAGGCCAGAUUGCCCUGUCAAUCCGCCUCGAACACAUCACCAAGUUACUAUUUCGCGGAGCGACGCUCCCAUAGGCCGGCCAGUGCUCACGUGACCGAAACCUCAUGGACCAGUGACAAGUGCGGCUUUCGCGCACCAGAACGGUCCUUGCUUGGACAAAAGAAGCGAAAAGAAUGGUGUCGUAUCCCAGGCCAGAUGCGGUGCUUCCCACGCUUGAGAAAGGGAAAUUUCGACGGCGGUAUGUCCAAGGUGACUGAAAGGGCUGGACCACGCCUCAGAUUGGGCUGCUCUCAGGAAGACUUUGAUUGAUUCAAUGAUCACCAAAGGAGAGAGAGUGAGAGAGAGAGUGUGUGUGCGAGAGAGGAGU